AUGCCUGCAAGUUCCAGCUCAAGGAAGUAUGGCUUCCAUGGGCCUCCGUCAGGGAAUCUUGCCAUGGCCAUGCUUAAUCACCCAUCUUCUUUGGAAGGUUUUCCCAUCCAACACCACGGUACCCCACCAACCAAACCCAAAUUCAACACUUUCCUAUUUAAAGGAUUUAAGCAAUAUUAUCACACCUUUAUGAACCACCUUAUCAAGGCAGAGGCAGCUCCCUUGAAGAGUUACUGCGCCCUUGAAGACAUGCUCCACAUCCUAUUUCCCCUAUCUGAACUCUUCCCAUCUACGCCAGGUGCUCUCCCUCAAGAAAACCCCUUGUUUACUGCCUUCAAAUGCCUUCGACAUUCCUGCCCGGAUUUGACUAAACCAUGGAGCCCUGGCUCAGAAGAAGAAGGUCCAAAUAGUGUACUUCUGCGUAUGCUGUCCAGGCAGUCCGGUGAUGCUGGUGGAAGGCGCCGCCCAGGUCUUGUACUCAUAUCCUCCAGUGAUAUGUCUUAUCCCCCUAAGCUCCCUCCUGCAAGUAUGAGAAAUGCCAACAGUCUUGGCGAGCUCAAGGACCAAGAGGAAAAUAAAGCUUCUUUUGACAAGGUACACAAACAGCUUAUAGGAAGAUUGUCAUUUGUUAGGGCUGCACAAGAUUGA